AUGCAAGAGACGCUGCUCACACUCUCGGAGCAACAAGAGGACAACAAUACUACCACCAAGGACAUCGAGCUUCUCCUCCCGUCGCCGCCGUGCCGCCGUCCCCCUCGGACGCGCCGCGUGUCUCCUGGCGCGGUGGAGAGGGCGCUUCCCAACGGGGACAUCUACAGCGGCAGCCUCUCGGGAAACGCGCCGCACGGCAGCGGCAAGUAUCUCUGGUCGGACGGGUGCAUGUACGAGGGGGAGUGGAGGAAGGGCAAGGCUUGCGGCAAGGGGCGUUUCUCCUGGCCCUCCGGCGCCACCUACGAGGGCGAGUUCUCCGCCGGUCGGAUGCACGGCCAUGGUACAUUCGUCGGCGUUGACGGCGACACGUACCGAGGCGCGUGGCUCUCCGACCGGAAGCACGGGUUUGGGGAAAAGCGGUAUGCCAACAGCGACGUGUACGAGGGGUGGUGGCGGUGCAACCUGCAGGAGGGGGAGGGGAGGUACACGUGGCGCAACGGGAACGAGUAUGUUGGGGAGUGGAAGAACGGUGCCAUCUCCGGGAAGGGUGUGUUGGUGUGGAAGAACGGGAACCGUUACGAGGGGUGUUGGGAGAACGGUGUUCCGAAAGGGAGAGGCGUGUUCACGUGGCGCGAUGGGAGCACCUCCACUGGGAAUUGGGGGAAGGAGUUUGUCAAUGAGAAACGUGUGUCGGUGGAUGAGUGUUUCAACAACAAUAACAACAACAACAAGAGUGUGAGUUUUCCCAGGAUUUGCAUUUGGGAGCUUGAUGGUGAGGCUGGGGAUAUCACUUGUGACAUUGUGGAGGCUUCUAUGUUUUAUGGUGGUGGAGGGUGUGAAAGUGGUGGAGGAGGAGCAGGGUGCGAGAGUGAUGUGCAGUUGCAGAGGAGUCCUUGUGGUUCUGUUGAUGGCGAUAUUAAGAAACCUGGUCAUACUGUUUCCAAAGGCCAUAAGAAUUAUGAUUUGAUGCUUAAUCUUCAACUGGGUAUUAGAUACUCUGUUGGAAAGCAUGCUUCGGUUUUCCAAGAGCUUAGACCUGGAGAUUUUGAUCCCAAGGAGAAGUUCUGGACGAGGUUCCCUCCGGAGGGGUCUAAGUUUACACCUCCUCAUCAGUCUGUGGACUUUAGGUGGAAAGAUUACUGUCCUGUGGUGUUCAGACAUCUAAGGGAAUUGUUCGGAAUAGAUCCUGCGGAUUACAUGCUUGCUAUUUGUGGCAAUGACACACUAAGGGAGAUGUCAUCUCCUGGAAAAAGUGGAAGCUUCUUUUACCUUACUCAGGACGACCGGUUCAUUAUCAAAACCUUGAAGAAGUCUGAAGUCAAGGUGCUCAUCAGGAUGCUUCCGAGUUACUAUCAACAUGUGCGUCAGUACAAGAAUUCACUGGUAACAAAAUUUCUAGGGGUUCACUGUGUCAAGCCUAUUGGAUGUCAGAAGACUCGUUUUAUUGUGAUGGGUAAUGUAUUCUCUUCGGAGUAUCGGAUCCAGAAACGAUUUGACCUCAAAGGUUCUUCUCAUGGUCGUAUAACAUAUAAGCCGCCGGAGGAGAUUGACGAGACCACAACUCUUAAAGACCUUGAUCUUUGUUUUGUCUUCCGCCUAGAACAGUCCUGGUUUCAAGAGCUAAAAUGGCAACUUGAUAGAGACUGUGAAUUCCUGGAAGCAGAGGGAAUAAUGGAUUACAGUUUUUUGAUUGGCCUUCAUUUUCGUGAUGAUAGCGCAGUUGAUGACAUGAAGAGUUUAACGAACGAGUUAUGUUCAGGUAAGAGAGACAUGCAAAAUGAUGAAAUACAGGAUUUGAAGUUGAUACCCAUUGGCCGGGGACCUCUAAUUAGACUGGGAACAAACAUGCCUGCCAGAGCAGAGAGAGUGUGUAAAGCUGGAUUGGAUCAGAACACUGGUACUGGAAGUAGCAAUUCUACCCCUUCAGAGAGUGGUGGUGAGGUCUCUGAUGUAAUCCUCUACUUUGGUAUAAUUGACAUUCUCCAAGAUUAUGAUAUAAGCAAAAAGCUAGAGCAUGCAUACAAGUCGCUGCAAGUGGAUCCCUCCUCCAUCUCAGCCGUUGAUCCCAAGCUAUACUCCAAAAGGUUUAGGGAUUUCAUUCACAGAAUCUUUGUGGAGGACAAAUGA